GCAAAGCAAAUCCAUAGAGCAAACAGUUUCCAGCUGAAUUUGAGUUUUUUGAGUUGUCAAUGGCGGACAUAGCGAUGCUGGUGGCCGAUGAGGAGUUCGAGAAGAGGCUCAAGCGAGGGGCGCCCGGCGCCGGUGUCAGAUCCGACGAGGCGUCCAUGGGCAAGGCGAACUUCGGCGCCGUGAACAAGGUGUGGGGCUCCUGGGUCGAGUCAGCCACCGCCGCCGCGUCCGGGGUCAAGGUGCACGUCGCGGUGCUCGUCAAGGCCGACAUGGCCGAGCCCAAGGCUCCGAUGGCCGUGGCAGCGUUCAACGGCUUCUUCUCUGCUUAGUAACUUCCAUUCUUCUUCUUUUUAAUGGAGAAAAUGGACUUGAUU